UGCCGCGUAGUUGGAGGCGCGGGCUCUCACGGCGAUGGAUCCUCGCGCAGCAUCGGGCAAUCGCUAAUCGGGUCGUCGGCAUCGCUCGGCGCCGACGGCGGCGGCGCUCGCUCGCUCGUUCGUGCGCUCGCUCGCCCGCUCGCUCGCUGGCGCGUAAUCGGCGGGAGGAGGCGCCGAGCGCUCGAGGUGGCGCGUGUCCGGGUAGCGCAGUCUACCGUUGACCGCUAACCCUUUCGCACACGGAGGGGUGCGUGGUAUCCUCUCGUCGUACGAAAGUGUUCGGCUCGCUCUCUUUCUCUCUCUUCCUCUCUCUUCCUAUCCAGGGCGAGAGGAAGGUCCGACCGUCGAGGGACGUUCGCGCGGACCCCAUCCCCGUCCCCCGGGAGCCUCGGGCGAAGUUUCGCGAGCCCGUCCCUGCCGUUCCCCCGCGAUGAACGGGAACGCGAAGAACGAGCGGCCGUGCGCCGACGACGUCGACGCCGCCUCCCUCGGCGCCGACAUUCUCAAUCCCUUCGUGCACCGCCUCGAGCUCGGCUCGACCUACGAGAAGCUCAAGACGAUAUUCUUAACAAUCGCCCUCCUGCCGUUCAGGCUAGCCGCAAUCACAACUUUGAUGAUCCUGGCGUGGCUGUUGGCCUGUCUCGGUUUGCACGGAUUGUCCGAGGAGGAUCUUCGGCGUGCUCCUCUCAAGGGAUGGAGGCGAGACAUGCGCAUCGUGAUCUGCUGGAUGAUGCGGGCGUUAUUUCUCUGCGGUGGAUUUCAUCACCUGAAGGUCAAGGGCCGGAAGGCGGAAACUAAGGACGCACCGGUGCUGGCUCUCGCCCCGCAUUCCAGCUUCUUCGAUGCACUUCCGGUCGUGUACCUCGGCGGGCCGAGCAUCGUUGCCAAAGGGGAGAGUAGCCGUCUCCCCUUCUUUGGAAAACUCAUCAACUACACACAGCCGGUCUACGUGUGGAGGGAAGAUCCGAAUUCCCGUCAGAAUACUAUCAAGGAGAUCAUUGAGAGGACUACUUCCAAGGAAGAUUGGCCACAGGUUAUGAUAUUUCCCGAGGGAACCUGUACAAACCGGUCGUGCUUGAUUACGUUCAAAUCGGGUGCCUUUUAUCCCGGUGUUCCGGUACAACCGGUGUGCAUCAGGUAUCCCAACAAAUUGGACACGGUAACGUGGACAUGGGAAGGCCCUGGAGCGCUGAAAUUAUUAUGGCUGACGUUAACGCAGUUAAACAGUAGCUGCGAGAUCGAAUUCCUGCCUGUGUAUAAUCCGAGCGAGGCGGAGAAACUCGAUCCCAAAUUGUAUGCAAACAAUGUACGACGUCUCAUGGCAGAAGCGUUGAAAAUUCCUGUUUCGGAUUACACGUACGAUGAUUGCCGGAUCAUUAGAAAGGCUCAUCAGCUGCAUCUUCCACAUGCAUCCAAUAUCGUCAAAAGCCAUAAACUUCGGUACAAAUUAGGUUUAGUGGCGUCAAAAACUGAAGAAGAACUCGUUCAGAAGAAGACGAACAACUUUGGCGAAGUAAAUCUACAAGAGUUCGCGCAGAUUCUUCGAUUGGACGACAAUGAUCCGACCACUCAACAGCUAUUUCGCAUUCACGACAAGUUUUUGUAUGUCAUAUCGCAGUUCGGACAGGGAAAGGUCGAUCUUGAGGAAUAUAUCUUCACCGUGUUGGCGACGGCGAACGCGUCUUCGGAACUUGACAAGGUCGAGAUUGCAUUCGACAUAUGCGGCUCGAAAACAGCGACAUGUUUAACCCAGUCGGAACUCAGGAAAGCCUUGAGGUUAUCGAUACGUAUGCAGCCGGAGGAAUCCGACAGGAUCUUUCAGCACGCCAGAAGUGACGAGAAUGCUUGUACAGUGACCUUUGACGAUGCUCUGACGCAACUGUCGAACCGAACGGAGUACUCACAUUUAUUCAGCGCGAGUAACGAAAGCUCGAAGAAGGCCAUUUGAAAGUGUCUUUUAGAGCCCGAUGGUUCUUCUAGAGAGCAUCGAGGCAGGCCUUUCUGUAGUCCUAUCUGCUCCACUCCUGUAUGAGAAACGUAUCCAAGGUGCUUCGAGGAUAUUAAAGCAAAACUAUUUUGUCGUCUACAGAAGCUGCAAUUUAGACAGCUAGCUCGCGUCUUUCCUAUAAUCUUAUAAAUUAGAACAAGUCGAGAACUUAGCAACUUAGAAUUUUAGGAAUCUAAAAUUCUAAGAGUCGAGGACUCCAAAUGAUCUUAGAUUUGAUAAUUCAUGAGUAAUUUAGCUAUGAAGGUCCUAGAAUCCAUGGUUAUGAAAACGCAAAGAUACGCGAUGUAUCCUGGACUCCGAAAAUUCAAAGACUCGAGGAUUCUACGAUCUAAAAGCGGAAGAUACCGAAACUUAAAGAUUGAGAAUUUGGAAAAUGAAAAGCCUAAGGAUCUGAAGAAGCAGCCGUCUUAGUAACUGUACAUUUGAGAAUAAGUUAGACUAUGGAGAUUCGAGGAUCCUACGAGGCUCAUUUCCCAGAUCUACAAGUGUCAAAAUAAAAAAAAAACCGAUUCUUGCACUUUUUGAUGUACAGGUACACAUUAUAUAGUAUACAGUUAAGUGAUACGGUCAUUAAGCUUCUCGCUAGCUCGAAGGGAUCCGAGUAUCCGUGACGUAGGGCUUGGAUGUGCAUUUAAGAAAAAAAAAGAGGACAGAUAAUGAUAUAAUUUAUUUUUCGACCCUACGGUACCGCGAUAUUCGGUGUAUGUAUGUACAUGUACAGACAUGCGAUCAUGCAUGGGAAUAUACAUAUACGUUAAAUUGUGUACAUACUUGUUGCACACCACGAACCACGACAUGUGUGUAAAUGCAUACACACAUACACACACACAUAUAUGCAUAAGAAUAGACGAAGAGAUUGUGCGAAUCGAUCGUGUAUACCGUCUAUGUAUGCGCGCGCAAGUGCACUCGUCUGUGUACGUACGUAUGUAUAUAGAAAGAAAAUAUGUGUGUAUAGUCAGGAUUACCUACAUUUGUAAUAUCUGUAUGAAAAUGGCCAAAGCUUAACAGCGCGCAUUGUUAGCGGUCAUUCCGAGUUAGAAACAGAUAUGUUGAGUUAUAGAACAUUUUACUACAACUUAUGUUGAAAUAACAGUAUUUAUUGAACCGAAAUUUCUGUUUUCAAUGCAUUGAAUUAUUGUACUGGCGAGACAAUAACUUCUAGCAAAAAGAACCGCUAUUUCGUUAAAAGAAUAUAUUCGUUGCCGAACGAACGCGUGUACGCGAUUGACAAUGAUGUAUGUUUAAAAUCUAAAGUUUAAUAAUCAUUUUUUGUGAUAAGUGCAAUUUGUUAGAAACCGUGAUAUGAGUAUGUUAGAGUAACUGACAGUAGGAAAUAUGAAUUUUUAGUACAAAUUAACUAAAUAAUAUAAACAUGACUGUUUAACGAAACUCAGGAUCAAAUUUCAAUCCGGAUAAAAAAUUUCGAUUAAUUUAAUCAUUGACUCAAUCAACACAGUUGCUAACAUGACAAGUAAAAAUACAUUUUGUAUUAAGA